AAAGACUCCCCUUCUUCUUGCUGGUAAUACAAUCGCCACAUCAAAUUCACAAUAAGUGUAAAACGAGGGAGACAUGAUUCAAAUGCUCAUCGGCAGAUGCAGAUCUUCAUCCUUUUCCCAUGAGAUUGGAGAUGUAGUAGCAUGCGCCGGCUUAUUCACCAGUCAAAGUAAAACCUGACGCCGAACCCACGCAUAGCCAGCCAUGACAAAUUGAGAACCCAGCAUCGACAAGAAACAUGACGUUUUCUUUUUGUCCAUCUGCCUGUAAGUGGGGUCAUUGUCACCGUAAAAUAGACUGCUCUCCAGUCAUUAUAGACUUGAUAACCAUAGGUUAGCCUCUCAGAAAGAAAAAUGAAAACCCAUUAGAAGUCUCCAACUCCUCGUCCACCACAAACUCCCUCUCUCCUUGUCCAAAACAAGGUUACGAACCCCUUUUUCUUCUUCUUCUUCUUCUUCCUCUUUUCUGGAGAUGGAGAAUGAGCCUUUUCUCGGUAACCGAAAAAGUUACAAACCCCAACCCGUUAUCACUCUCACUCAGUCUCUUUCAACCCCAAUACUAUUCCCUGAAAUCCAAGAUGCCCCACAAACACCAUCCACUUCUCCUUCUCCUCCACUCGGACCUCCGAAUACCCGUUUCAAGAAACCCGGCACUCUUCACAGGUGCAAAACAGCUCCUGCUAUGGUUGUCAUGCGAGAGUUUCAACCAACAAAGCCCCAAAUCCCUAAACCACAACCUGAUUCUACCUCUAUAAUCAGGCAAGCCACUUUCUUGCUAUCCAUGUAUCUGCUUCUUGGAGUUAUUAUCUACUCUUUCAACACUGAUCAUUUUUCGGGUAUUGAGACUCACCCGGUUGUUGACGCUUUGUAUUUCUGUAUAGUCACUAUGUGUACCAUUGGUUAUGGUGAUAUAACUCCUUUAACACCAGUGACAAAGGUCUUUGCUUGUGUGUUUGUGCUAGUUGGGUUUGGAUUUAUAGACAUCUUGCUCAGUGGGCUAGUUAAUUACGUUCUUGAUUUGCAAGAAAGCAUGAUCUUGACUGGCAUUGAAAUGGGUAAAAAUCGAAAUCACGAAGGAUUUUCAGCUACUGAUUAUAUCUUUGAUGUUAAAAAGGGAAGGAUGAGGAUAAGAUUGAAGGUUGGAUUGGCACUUGGUGUGGUGGUUCUGUGUAUUGGAAUUGGGACCUUGGUUUUGUACUUUUUGGAGGAUCUUGAUUGGAUUGAUUCAGUUUAUUUGGCGGUUAUGUCAGUUACGACUGUUGGGUAUGGUGAUAGGGCGUUUAAGACCUUGCCAGGGAGGUUGUUUGCAGCAAUUUGGCUUUUGGUUUCGACAUUAGCGGUAGCAAGGGCAUUUCUUUAUUUGGCAGAGGCUAGGAUUGAUAAGAGGCACAGGAGGAUUACCAAUUGGGUGUUGCAUAGAGAUAUCACUGUGGAGGAUUUGCUUGCUGCGGAUAUGAACAAUAACGGUUUCAUUAGUAAAUCAGAGUACGUAAUCUACAAGCUCAAAGAAAUGGGAAAGAUUGGCGAAAAAGAUAUAUUGCAGAUCUGCAAUCAAUUCAGCAAGCUUGACCCAAACAACCUGGGAAAGAUAACUUUGCCUGAUCUCUUGGAGAAUCGAUUGUGACAAUUAAUCACAUAGAUCAGUCUUUAUUUUUUGUUUUCGACAGAAGACUUUGGAAAUGCCCUUUUAUUCUGGGAAGUGCAGGUAGGCAGAAUUCUUGGCAUCAAAGUUAACUGGUACACGUGUACAUUUUAUCUUCAAUAGUCCUAGCAAAAGAUGCAUUAGGUUGCCUGAAGCUGUUGAACAAGCAACUGUACAGUCAUGGAGAGUGUAGAUAUCUUAGUACUUUGAUUCUUGAAAUUGUAGUGAUCUCAAAAUUGAAAAGAAAUAGAGAGAAUUUGUUACAGGGACAA